AUGAGAUCACAGAUCACAGAGACAGUCACAAGACGGCCGGCCAUGAUUAUCCUCACACCACUCUCCUCCUCGGCUGCAGAGUCAUCUACCACGGAGCCCGUCGCCUAUUUUCUCCAGCUUGAUGAUGCGCGUAUCCUCCUCGACAUGGGUCAGCGCGACUACCGCGCAAGCGCAGAAGCAGGCAACUGGGAGUACGAGGAGAAGAUCAGAGAGUUGGCUCCUACGCUCUCGCUUGUCCUCUUGUCGCACUCGCCAACGACAUAUCUCGGCCUCUAUCCCUACGCCAGAGCGCACUGGGGUCUGAAGUGCCCCGUCUACGCCACUCAGCCUACUGUCGAGAUGGGACGCGUGGUAUGCCUUGCAGACGCCGAGAGCUGGCGUUCCGAAUGCCCUGUUCCCGGCGUUGAAGGCGAGGAACUCGAGGUUGACGACAAUGGUGCCGUGGUGCUCGACAAGGGCAAGAAGCCUCUCCGUGGACCAUUUGUCCCAACAAUCGAGGAAAUCCACGAAGCCUUUGACUGGAUCAAGGCGACUCGCUACAACCAGCCGCUGCAUCUGGGUGGCGACUUGUCACAUUUGCUGCUCACGCCCUUCCCAUCGGGACACGUCCUUGGUGGAACGCUCUUCAAGAUUCGUUCGCCAACAUCCGGUACCGUGCUGUACGCUGUCGGCAUGAACCACACGGGCGAGCGUCAUCUUGACGGUAUGGUGACUGGGCAAGGAGGACUGGCAGGGUACGCAGAAGAUAUCCGUCGACCUGACCUUCUCAUUGUGGAAGGCGACCGCAGUCAGGUCGUCAACCCCAAGCGUCGUGACCGUGAAACGGCCAUUUUGGAUAUCGUUACUUCAACACUCCAAUCUGGCAACUCGGUUCUCCUCCCAUGUGACGCGUCCCCAAGAUUGUUGGAGCUUCUGGUUCUCCUAGACCAACAUUGGUCGUUCAAGCUCAACCCAGCAAGCAAGAAUUCGGAUUGGAACUACCCCCUCUGCCUCGUUAGCCGCACCGCACAGGACAUGGUCUCGUUUGCGCGCAGUUUGAUCGAGUGGAUGGGCGGUGUUGUACGCGAAUCGGGUACCGAUGACGUUGUCAUGGACGGACGGAACAAGAACAAGAGGAAAAAGCGGCAACCCGCCAACGCACUUGGAUCCGAGUAUGGCGCUCUUGACUUUAGCCAUGUCAAGUUCUUCUCUACUCCAGACGACCUUCUUAAAGCCUUCCCUGAGGACAGGCCCAAAAUGGUCCUUGCCAUCCCCCCCGCCAUGUCCCACGGCCCAUCAAGAGUUCUCUUCUCGUCCAUGGCCCAGGUACCUGGAAACGUUGUUCUCCUCACCGACCGCGGAGAGGACGACACGUUGGCUCGGGACCUCUUCAACCGCUGGGAAGACCAGCAGGACGACAGUGCCAAGUUUGGCAUGGGCAAGAUCGGCGAGGUCAAGACGCUCGAGGGCGACUUGACCAUUGAGAUGGACUCGAAAGUGGCCCUGACUGGCGCCGAGCUCGAGGCGUUCCAGGAGGAAGAGCGUCUGAAAAAGGAGCGCGAGGCAGCACACCAGGCGGCUCUCGACCGCUCACGGCGCAUGCUCGAGGCCGACGACCUCGAGUCUGAUUCUGAUUCCGACUCGGAAGCCGGCGACGGUGCAGACGGCAUGGACGCCAUCACACGUACCGAGGGCGCCAACGCCUUUGCCGGUGACGGCGAAGACGUCCGUACCAUGUCGUUUGACAUUUUCGUCAAGGGUCAGCAGAUGCGUACGGGCCGCGGAGCUGUCGGCGAGAUGGCCCGUUUCCGUAUGUUCCCCUAUAUUGCCAAGGGUCGCAAGGUCGACUCGUACGGCGAGGGUCUCGACAUUGGCCAGUGGGUCCGCAAGGGCCGUGAGAUUGAGGAAGAGGGCGAGACUGAGGAAGUCCGCGAGGCCAAGCGCCGCAAGCUGGAGGAGGAAGAGAAGGCGAAACAAGCACCAGAGCCUCCAUCCAAGUUUGUGAGCGCCAACGUCACCAUCGACUUGCACGCAUCCAUCGAGUAUGUCGACAUGGAUGGUCUGCACGACGGUCAGGCCAUCAAGACCAUCAUUGCCGAUCUCCAGCCUCGUAAGCUUGUCGUCGUCAAAUCGACGGAAGAAUCUACGCGCGCCCUGCUCGAGUUCUUCAAGUCCACGGCCUCAAUCACCACCGACGUGUUCUACCCUUCGUCCAACGAUGUUGUUCGUAUUGGUGAACAUGUACAGAGCUACUCGCUCCAGCUCGGUGACAGCAUCUCGGCUCUGUUGAGCGGCAAGUGGUCCAAGUUUGAGGGCUAUGAAGUCGCCAUGGUCGAUGGUAAGCUUGCCUUCGCCACGGGGUCGACUGUGCCGACCCUCGAAGCGUCCUCUGUCCAGCUGCCGCCUCUCCAACCCGAAGUCAAGGUCGAGGAGGAGCUGCCAGAGCCUCCUGCCGCGGAUCCGGCCACGGAGACGAUGGUGGAGGAGGCACAGGACGAGGCAGCCGAGGCCGCCGCCAAUGUCAUUGAGGAAGAUGGAGACGUCAAGCCCACCGUGGACGAGAUCAAGGCUGCCGAUGAGCCCACCAAGGUUGCGGACGAGGAGAUGGAGGUGGACAAGCCAGCCGAGGAGGAGGACGACGACGACAAGACUCUCUCCCCCGCACCAGCACCGGCCAUGUCCGCGGCACCGGUCGCCCUCCCCUCAUCCCUGUUCAUCGGUGACCUCAGGCUCUUGACACUCAAGAACCGCUUGGCGGCACUCUCUAUCCCGGCCGAGUUUGCCGGCGAGGGUAUGCUCGUCUGUGGACCUGGCGUGCUCGCUCGCUCCGGUUCGGACGGCGACGAAAAGAAGCCCUCCGCAGGCAGUAUUGUCGCUGUCCGUAAGCUUGCCGAAGGUCAGGUGGUCAUUGAGGGCGCCAUCUCUGCCACGUACUUUGCCGUUCGCAAGGAGCUGUAUGGCAGCUACGCGCAUGUGACCACUGGGUAG